CCAGAGAAAAUUCAUUAUAUAAGCCUAACAAUCAUUUUCGUUUGGCUUCCAAACAUUGAGCAAAUUAAAGCCAUCAUGGCUAAAGCUCUGUUAGUGAUCUCCAUAUUCAGCUUGGCUCUGUUGGUGUUCUCUGUGAAGGCUCAAUAUGAUUACUUUCAAAUGGUUCAACAAUGGCCUCCGGCCACAUGUAGCGGCGUCGGAGUUAGAUGUCGUGCUCAACCUCCAUCUAUGUUCACAAUUCAUGGUUUGUGGCCAAGCAAUUACUCGACUGCCCAUCUUGUUUGUACGGGACUUCCGUUUGAUCCAACUCAGAUUGCCGCAAUAAGACCUCAACUAAACACAUAUUGGCCAGACGUGAUACGAGGAAACAACCAAAGGUUUUGGCAGCAUGAAUGGGAUGCUCAUGGAACAUGCUCAGAUCCCCCUUUCAACCAACGUCAAUAUUUCCAAACAACUUUAAACAUUCGCAUGAACCAUAACUACGAUCUCUUGGCGAUCUUGAAUGCUGCUGGUCUUGGCCCGACCGCGACUAUGGUAAGGCAAUACCAAGCCAUCGAAAACGCCAUUCAAGCUGCAACGGGAAAGAUUCCAGGUCUACGAUGCAACACUAAUGCCCAAACAGGAAGUCGGCAACUAUUCGAAAUCAUUUUGUGCUUCGACAAAAAUGGUGUCACUCUCAUUGAUUGCACUCCCUUUGCUGGCAUCACCUGCCCUUUACAGUUUGUGUGGCUCCAUCGACAGCCUUGGAGUUUGGGCGUUGUUGUUGAGGAGCUUAAGGAUUCUUUGGUCUAUGAGGGUUCUAUUCCCAAGUUUUUGUUUCUCUCUACUAUUCCUCUUUCCAUUGCCUUUGUGUUUUGGAAGAAGUUUUAUCAAACCACUAGAGGUGUUAGAGGUGGUGGGAAGCAAGAAUAAUGGGCAUCAAACAGUUAUAUGUUACUAUAUAUUAUAACAUUCAAUAAAAACAGCGUGUGCUAUGAUUAUAUAAAAGUCUUUUUUGUGUGUGUUGGGUUGUAAUUUUAUAUGAAGCUGUUUUGUUA